AUGCAGCUCGUAAAUGUCCUCAGAAACUCCUUCCUCGCCGCCAGCAUUCCCGUCUCCCACGCAGGAACAGCGUCCACCUCGGCGACAAAGGAUUCCACCAUCCUCCGCUCCACAGUGAGCUGCCCGAGAUGCCCUGAGAACAACUGCUACAAAUGCACACUCGGUCGCGAGACGACCCUCCAGGCGAAAACAGGCGGCUUGUCGUACGUCCGCAUGCUGAUUGGCUUUCAGCUCCCCGUCGAAGCAUCCCGGAUAACGCGGUGCAUCGUGCAGCUCGCCGAGUGCGCCGAGCCCCUUUACUUCCCUGUGAAUGUGACAGUGGCGCCGGCCACGUCGUCGGCCUGGGACGAGGUCACGGUCACGGCUGAAAACGCGCCCGACUCAGGCGUACCUUUCACCUCGGUGGCGGUGCAGUCCCACGCCAAUGUAGGGCCUAUUGACGUUACGCAGGCUUGCAAGCAGGCUGACGGAGGGGGCCGCUUCUCAAUCUAUGUCGGCACACAAUCUGGCCUCAUUGAGAUUUGGUCUGCGGACGCGGGCCACCCGGCCCUUUUGCAAAUCGGCCACACAUGA